AACUGUAGAUACUUUUAACGAAAACAAGACAGGGAUGGCUGAUGACUGUCUUUUCUCUGUGUUUUCUAGCUUCUCGUUUUGAACGUCCUCGGAGUUGACCAGCUGGUAGAGCUUGUCCCAAUGUCAGAUGCGUUGGACAAUGUGACCACAAUGAACCAAAUCCUAUCAAGCCUGGAGACAGGACACUCCAAAAUCCCACUCUCCAAAAUGGAUGAAUUCUUGAUGGCGUUCAAUUUGAUGAUGCAACAGGGAACAAUCCCCGGUUUCAGAAACCCUGAGGUGAGAUUAGAAAUGCUGACCACCAUGUUAAUGAACCUGGCACGCUAUUUCAAUAAAUUCACUGACUUAGACUACCAGGCCUGGUUCACGGAGAAGUUGAGAUUCCUCUUGCCUGGCAUCAAUGGGGAUCUACUCCAGCUAAUACCACUUGACCUCAAUUUUCCUUCCUACAAAGCCAUUUUUGGAGGCUUGGAUCAGGUCUACCCAGAAUUACCUGAACAGACAUCUCGCCAUAUCUAUGAUUUGAUGAAAAUGAUCAUGGAAGGCCAACUGAACGUCUCAGGUCAUAAUUUCAUGAAUAUCAAGCAAUAAAAUGGAACUAUAAUUAAUUCUUUUCCUUGAAAG